AUGGAAUAUGAAGUCAAGAAAGGGAAAAAGGGCUUCGUGUCCCCCAUCCGGAGGCUGGUGUUCCCGAAGGCUGGGCGCCGGGCAGCCUUUCGAAGCAGUGUGAGCCGCCGGCCCCUGCAUUCGAUGCCCCUUUAUCCCCCUGACUACCUCAUCGACCCCCAGAUUCUGCUGUGUGACUAUCUGGAGAAAGAGGUCAAGUUCCUGGGCCACCUCACCUGGGUCACCUCCUCACUGAACCCCUCCAGCCGCGACGAGCUCCUGCAGCUGCUGGACACGGCCAGGCAGCUGAAGGAGCUGCCGCUGAAGACCACGGCGGAGCAGGACAGCAUCCUGAGCCUGUCGGCCCGCUGCCUACUGCUCACCUGGCGCGACAACGAGGAGCUCAUCUUGCGUAUCCCCACGCACGAGAUUGCCGCUGCCUCCUACCUGCAGGACGACGCGCUGCACCUGCUGGUGCUUAAGACCGGUCUGGGCGUGGACCCGGUGCCAGCCGGAGUAGACGCCAGCCCCGGCGGCGCGGGGCGUGACCCGGGCCCGCCCGGGGCGGCACCCGAGAAGCGGCGGGUGGGCGCCACGGAGCGGCGCCACACCAUCUGCAGCCUUGACUGGCGGAUGGCGUGGGGCGGGAGCGCGAGCGCCGAGGCCCGGGCGGGGGGCGGCGGCGGCGGCAGCCUGGAGCGCCAGCGCGCCGGGGCGCGGGCGUCGGGCAGCUGGGAGCGGCGGCAGACGACGUUCAGCGGCAGCUGGGAGCGGCGACACGGCGGCGGCGGCGGCGGCGGCGGCGGCGCCGCGGGCAAGCCGGGCGGCAGCUGGGAGCGGAGGCAGGCGGGAGGUGGAGGCAGCUGGGAGCGGCGCCACCCGGGCCCCAACCCGCUCGACCCGCAGGACCCCAGCCCGGACGCCUACUGCAACCUGGUCAUCCUGGCUGUGGCCAACAGGGAUGCUGCAGAGGAGUCCUGCGCCCUCAUCUGUCAGGUCUUCCAGAUCAUCUACGGGGACCAAAGCAUUGAGUGCGUGGACCGGGCCGGCUACCACUACACGUCCACGCCCGAACGGCCGUGGCUCUGCAGCCGCACAAUGGCUCCCAGGACACAUUUGAAGCCUGUUACAGCGGCACGUCCACACCCUCUUUCCAUGGCUCCCACUGCAGCGGCAGCGACCACAGCAGCCUGGGCCUCGAGCAGUUGCAGGAUUACAUGGUCACGUUGCGGAGUAAGCUGGGGCCCCCUGAGAUCCAGCAGUUUGCGCUGCUGCUGCGGGACUACCGGUUGGGGCUGCCCAUCCAGGACUAUUGCGCAGGCCUGCUGA